UUUCCAUGUAUAUUCUUUCUAACAAUAAAGGAACUCUGGAUAGUGUUCGUUGUAUUUUUGUUGUAGAAAUGUUUACUUCUUUAAAAGAGUGAGAAAAAAUAUGCAAAACUUGUAUAUUUUAUUUGGAACCAUUUUUUAAGAAUUGCACAGUUUAUCUCCUAAAAAGCUGUGACAGUCUCUCUUACUGACCAGAGUGUGAAAUUUGGCUGCAUUGUAUUAUAGUAUUUUAUAUCUUUCUGUAAACUAAUUUGAUCUGUUUUUGUUUUUGUUUCCUUUUCCAGUCUUUACUAGGUGCUGGUCUCUGGAUGUUUUUUGUUUAAAUUGGAAAAAAUCUUAAAUCUGUCCACAGACUGAUAUGGGAUCCAGUGAGAUGAGGAUGUUGGCAGUGGCUUUUGAAGGCUCUGAGGGGCAGAAAGAGUUGAGAACUCGGCCUUGAGCUAGUGUUUGGCGUCUUCCUGCUGCCUCUCCUGUGGGCCCAACAUCUUUUCUCUCUAGCUUACCUGCCAGCUGUUCUAGGGAAGUUAGGGGCUAGACCAGUGUAAGCAUUCAUCAGGGAGCAGAAUAUGGCUUAGAUAUCUUACUUGCAUCAUAUUUGACAAUGGGAAACAGUGUUGUUUAUUUUAGCAGUGCUUCCUAGUGAUAGGAGAAGGAAGGGCUUGUUUUGUUUCUGAGCACUCUGUUCUGUGAACAAAUAGGCUGCUGCAGCAGCCACUACAACACAUACCCCCUUCCACCUUCCCUCCAAACAAAAAUAAAAACACUCUGGGUGUUUGUCCCUUCUUGAGGAGACAGAUAGUCAAAUAUUGCCGUUGAGAAGAGAGACACUUGAAAUGGCCCUCUGACCAGUGAGCUAGGCUUCUCUGUGUCUCCAAUUAUAAUAACUUUGAAGAUUCAGAAUUUGUCUCUUUUUCCAGGAGAAAACCGGUCAUAUUCAUAAACUCAAUUUUAGGGUUGGUACAGUAGGCUUCACUAGACUUAGCUGCAACUCAGAAUUUCUCCUCCAGCACCUGAGUAAAUGCUGAUGGUCUUGUGGAGAGUGGAUUAAGAGUACGAGCUAAGUUCUCAAUCCCAAUUAAGAAGCGGAGGAAAAUUUAAACUGUCUCCUUCAAAGUUUAUCACAACCGCCACCAUCAAGACAGCAAACCAAAGGACAAAGACUUUGACCUGCUGUGUUGCUCUGUGUAGUCCAGUUCACGUAUGGUUUACAGACUUGGCUGGGGUUACUAAUGAGUAAAUAAAAAGUUGGACACUUCUGUCAUUGGACACUUUUAUUCACAAAGUUACCAAAAUGAGGGCUGUACUGGAGACAGCAGACAUUGCCAUAGUGGCCCUGUAUUUUAUCCUGGUCAUGUGCAUUGGUUUUUUUGCCAUGUGGAAAUCUAAUAGAAGCACUGUAAGUGGAUACUUCCUGGCGGGGCGCUCUAUGACCUGGGUAGCAAUUGGUGCCUCUCUGUUUGUGAGCAAUAUUGGGAGUGAGCACUUCAUUGGGCUGGCAGGAUCUGGAGCUGCAAGUGGAUUUGCAGUGGGCGCAUGGGAAUUCAAUGCCUUACUGCUUUUGCAACUUCUGGGAUGGGUUUUCAUCCCCAUUUACAUCCGGUCAGGGGUAUACACCAUGCCUGAAUACUUGUCCAAGCGAUUUGGUGGCCAUAGGAUUCAGGUCUAUUUCGCAGCGUUGUCUCUGAUUCUCUAUAUCUUCACCAAGCUCUCAGUGGAUCUGUAUUCAGGUGCCCUCUUUAUCCAGGAGUCUUUGGGUUGGAACCUUUAUGUGUCUGUCAUCCUCCUCAUUGCCAUGACUGCUUUGCUGACUGUCACCGGAGGCCUUGUUGCAGUGAUCUACACAGACACUCUGCAGGCUCUGCUCAUGAUCGUUGGGGCACUCACACUUAUGAUUAUUAGCAUGAUGGAGAUUGGCGGGUUUGAGGAAGUUAAGAGAAGGUACAUGUUGGCCUCACCCAAUGUCACUUCCAUCUUGUUGACAUACAACCUUUCCAACACAAAUUCUUGUAAUGUCCACCCUAAGAAAGAUGCACUGAAAAUGUUGCGGAAUCCAACAGAUGAAGAUGUUCCUUGGCCUGGAUUCAUUCUCGGGCAGACCCCGGCUUCGGUGUGGUACUGGUGUGCUGACCAAGUCAUCGUGCAGAGGGUCCUAGCGGCUAAAAACAUUGCUCAUGCCAAAGGCUCUACUCUGAUGGCUGGCUUCUUGAAGCUUCUGCCAAUGUUUAUCAUAGUUGUCCCAGGAAUGAUUUCCAGGAUCCUGUUUGCCGAUGAUAUAGCUUGCAUCAACCCAGAGCACUGCAUGCAAGUGUGUGGGAGCAGAGCUGGGUGCUCUAACAUUGCCUACCCACGCCUGGUGAUGAAGUUGGUUCCUGUGGGCCUCCGGGGCUUGAUGAUGGCAGUGAUGAUUGCAGCGCUGAUGAGUGACCUGGACUCUAUCUUUAACAGCGCCAGUACCAUAUUCACCCUCGAUGUGUACAAACUCAUCCGCAAGAGCGCGAGCUCCCGGGAACUAAUGAUUGUGGGGAGGAUAUUUGUGGCUUUUAUGGUAGUGAUCAGCAUUGCAUGGGUGCCCAUCAUCGUGGAGAUGCAAGGAGGCCAGAUGUACCUUUACAUUCAGGAGGUAGCAGAUUACCUGACGCCCCCAGUUGCAGCCCUGUUCCUUCUGGCGAUUUUCUGGAAGCGCUGCAAUGAACAAGGGGCUUUCUAUGGUGGAAUGGCUGGCUUUGUUCUUGGAGCAGUCCGUUUGACGCUGGCCUUUGCCUACCGUGCCCCAGAAUGUGACCAACCUGAUAACAGGCCAGGCUUCAUCAAAGACGUCCAUUACAUGUACGUGGCCACAGCGUUGUUUUGGGUCACAGGACUCAUUACUGUAAUUGUUAGCCUUCUCACGCCACCUCCUACGAAGGAACAGAUUCGUACCACCACCUUUUGGUCUAAGAAGAGCCUGGUGGUGAAGGAGAGCUGCUCCCCAAAAGAAGAACCGUACAAAAUGCAAGAGAAGAGCAUCCUGAGGUGCGGUGAGAAUAGUGAGGCCAUCAACCACGUCAUUCCCAAUGGGAAAUCUGAGGAUAGCAUUAAGGGCCUGCAGCCUGAAGAUGUUAAUCUGUUGGUGACCUGCAGAGAGGAGGGCAACCCAGUGGCUUCUUUAGGUCACUCAGAGGCAGAAACACCUGUAGAUGCUUAUUCCAAUGGGCAAGCAGCUCUCAUGGGUGAGAAAGAGAGAAAGAAAGAAACAGAGGAUGGAGGCCGGUACUGGAAGUUCAUAGAUUGGUUCUGUGGCUUUAAAAGUAAGAGCCUCAGCAAGAGGAGUCUCAGAGACCUGAUGGAGGAGGAGGCUGUUUGUUUACAAAUGUUGGAAGAAACUCCACAGGUUAAACUAAUACUAAAUAUUGGACUUUUCGCUGUGUGUUCACUUGGAAUUUUCAUGUUUGUUUAUUUCUCCUUAUGAACUUUUAAGGAUAUGAUGAGACACUAACUUAAGAAAAUACUGGUCUUUGAAAAAAAAACAAAAAAAACCCGAAACACUUAUGUAACUGUUGCAUCUCUCAGGCAUUGUUUACGCUGUAGGUUUUAGCCAAAUUUUACUUAGCAGAAAAAUCAUCUAUUUGCAAGACUUUAUUUUCCCAGAGAUGGAUGAAAGUAAAAUUUCAAUCUAAAUGAAGUAAAACUUGUUUAACAGACUGAAUUGUGCAAAUGUGGUUUAAAAUUUUCCAUACCAAAGUAAGGAGAGACCAAUUAUUCUCAUAGAGCACUUAGAGCAGAAUAUAUGCUAAGAUAUCACGAAUAAGAUAUACUGUCUGCACUGCCAAAUCUUGGUAGGCCUUCUUUACCCUGAAGUAGAAGACUUGCUCAUUUUAAAGUUUUUUCUCUCUCUGUAAUCCCUACGUCCAUUUUAAAAAACUGAAUUUGUAGACAUUGUAUAAUCAAUUAUGUACUGAAAAUCUAACAUGUGCUUGUUUCAGGGCAAGUUCGUUUGCCAGGUUCGUUUUGUUAGCAUGAGCCUAUGGAUUCUGAAUGCUGAAAGAAAGGAAGAAGAAUGUUUUCCUGUAGCUAUUCUUGUACCACCAGUGUGUGGAAUGUUGGGGAAAAGUUUGUUCCAGUUGUUUUUUUCUAUUUUUCCUACUUUGAAGUUGAAGUGAACCAUACUCAAAUGACCACCAAGUCUGUCUUUAUAAAGUUGUAUGUCAUGAUUGUAUUGUAAAUGAUUAUGGGGGAGAAAAUGGAGUAAACAUUGCUGAUGAUCGCCAGAUUUACUGACCAAAUUAAGAUCCUUUAUAUAGUUUGGAAAUUAGCAUCCCCUAAGCAGCAUUGGAUCGACAAAGCUGAACAGGUGAUAGUCUAAUACUAGAUAUUGGACUUUUUGCCAUGUGUUCACUUGGAAUUUUUAUGUUCUCGUACUUCAUUAAUUCUCUAGCUUUGUUCUUGUCAUUUGGUAACUUGCUUUAUUAGCCAGGUACCUUCCCAAGUGGAUCCAUUUGCAAGAUAUGUCCAGAAAUUUGAAGAAGAAUUAACUCUGCCUUUGUGCUGGGUUGCCCUACUUGAUUAGAUCAUGAGAUAUUGCAGUUGAGUUUUUAGAGUGAAAAUUUAAUUCUCAGAUCAUAUUGUAUCCUUGAUAAGUCUUUUUAGCCCGAUUUACUUUUUUUUCAAAAGACUUGCCAUGUGUACACAGCCUCUACAUUUUUGUUUAAAAAGUUAACAGUGACUUAGAGUGUGAUGAUAUUUCGAUGCAAACUGACCAUCAGUAACAGAAAACUCAAGAGUGCAUGCUUUGCCAUUGGUGGAUUGUCAGUAUAGUUGUUCUGUAGAAUGGAUAGCAUGUUCAAGAAGUGCCAUGAACAAGAACUUCUACGGGUUUAGUAGUGUGUCUUGUACAGGAGAUUACAGGACUUGCGUUAAUUGUAGGACCCUCUAUCUUGACAUGGCUUUGUGUACCCAGUUACAGCCUUCCUGGAAGAGAAUCCAUUUUUCACAGGCUGAUUCCCUUCAUGAGGACAGGGUACAAAAGAUGUUUGAGAAAAGCUCUACAGAUUAGGUAGUUCUUUGUGUGUCCUGUCCUUUUUCCUCCAUGACAGAUGAAGGAAACUGGUUGUGUAUCUACUUGGACUUUUCUGUAAUCUCUAAUAUUUUUUAAAUUGCAUGAUUUUAUUAACGUUUAUUCUUCAGGGGAAAAUUAUUACUUUUUUAGAUAUUUUUGUAGAUUUUGAAUCAAAACUCAGUCCUAAUGACUAAAUUUUUUUUGUAUUUAUAAACUAGUUUCAUUACGAUGGAUUUGAUUAGUUCAAAGUUGAUUUUAGAAAUUAUCAGGUAGCAUGAUGUCUUCCAUCUCCAGGGGGCUUUCUGAAGGACUGAGUCUGUAGAUGAAAAAACAAUUCAUGUACGAAAUAGUAUGAUUUCUGAGAGCUUAUUAGAGUGCCUUGUGGAAUUUUGUUCUCAAUUUCAUUCUUAAGGUUUAUAAGCUGGGGGCCAAAUAAAAAUAAGGACCACCCUUUUCUUGUGUGGAGGCUGAGGCUGUGACAUGUCCAAGGUUACAAAGUCUGUUGGGAAGAACAGAAAACCAGAUGUCCAAAUCUGGAUUCAUGGUUUGUCCUCUUCUUUUCUCAAAGGAACCGUUCUUCCUUUGAGACAGCCUUUUGAUAUUUGGGGAAAUAACAGGAUCUUAGAUUUUUCAAAUUGACAUUUAGUUGUAGGAAUUAAAAUUUUUCUUUGACUCUGAACACCUUGCUGUAUAACUCAGCAGUGAGGAGUGACAUAGUGGCUGAGCAGCCUUCUUACCCCUUCUAUUAAAAGCAUAAAUGAAUAGGUGGUAUUUAAGUGGAUUUCCCCCCCUUUAUUUAAUGUUGACUCCUAAUAGUUUGGGAUAUUAGCAUCCCCCUACCUUCUCUCUGCUGUUGUCUUAGUAUGAUACGUAAACUACAUCAUCUUGUGUCUGUUAGCGUCCCCCUACCUUCUCUCUGCUGUUAUCUUAGUAUGAUACAUAAAAUACAUCAUCUUGUGUCUAUUCAUGUGUAUAUAGCAGUAGGUCAAGUUUAGAGUACUAAUGUUUGUAAAUAAGGAAUGAUUAUUAGCAUAUCCAUUAGGAUUGUUUAUUCUUGCCAGUAUAAAGAUUUUAUUUAGACUGAAGUCCCUGAAGCUUGCCCUUCUUAUUGCUUCCCAGUAAUAGAUAAUGUGCUUGAAUAAGUAUGUGAAUUCCUGAUUGCAACUUCAUUUCAGGGGACCAUUCUUCAGUCUGUAUUUCAUUAGAAUGAUUGUUCCUGGAAUGAUACGUGGUCUGUCUUAAAGCUAGCAAAAUAGUCAUACUUUACACUAACUAAAUGGGUCCUUAAAUGAUGACAUUGAUACCUAGACAUUAACAUGUAUAUGUUUUCAUAUUGGCUCAAGCCGAGGUUCAGAAUUAGCUAAGAGUGAUUGACUACAAUAGUUAGCUACGAGUCAAAAUGAAGCGAGGACACUGGUGUUCAAAGGUGGAUAAAAAUAUUGUCUUAUCUGCUGUUAAUGGUAUGCCCAGUUCUUAGAUUUUUGUCCUCUCAGGCAAUCUUAGUCUCCAGAUCUGAUGAGAAGAGCUUAUUACCCUGACAUGCAGAAUGAUUAUUGGUUCCUUUGUGGGACCUCUAAUUUCCCUGUUCAUCUAAGAAUAUUUUGUUCUCCCACCCAAGACAGUAAGCAGCUUUUUUUUUUUUUAACAUCUUUAUUGGAGUAUAAUUGCUUUACAAUGGUGUGUUAGUUUCUGCUUUCUAACAAAGUGAAUCAGUUAUACAUAUACAUAUGUUCCCAUGAAACAGCUGAGCCAGCCUUUUUCCCCAGCCUUUCUUUCCUGGUGAGGUUAUCACUCUUAUCUUUUGGUGAGAGAAGCAUUAAGCAGUAGCAAUGAUGCUGUGUCCUUUGGCCUAAAUCCAGCAGAUCUGAUCUCCCAAGGCUUCUUUUUCACUUGGCUCAAAGGAUCCAUUGUUUUUUUUUGCACAAAGAGGCUGGCCUGGGU